AUGCAGAUAGAUAUAAAAAUUAGUAAAGAUCCGCCAUAUAUACUUUGGUGUUUUGAAGAUUAUGUUGUUCGAGUGUCACUCACACUAUACUUUGAUGUGUAUCCUGUUGUCAGCCUUGUAGAAUCAGAUUACUAUCAGUUAGGUGUUCAUAACAUUUCAAGAGUUGGUUUUUUAGGUUUGUCCGAGGCCCCUAGCUUGAGAAGGAUGAACUGGCUCCCCUUUUGUAAUUGUCACCUCUAUUGUGGACUCAUAAAGUUUUAUGGGUUAAUGUUUCAUUUCCGACUGCAUUUGCUUGGUGAUAUCAUCUACCAGCCACAUGUGUGCAUCCCAGAUGCGAAUUUCUUCAGUCAAUAA